GACAUGUGGAAGAAAUUUGGAGGAAUGGGCCUAUUGGGUAUCACUGCUCCUGAAAAAUAUGGUGGAUUGAAUUUAGGAUAUCUCGAACAUACAUUCGUUAUGGAGGAAAUAUCACGGGCAUCCGGGUCCGUCGCACUUUCAUAUGGUGCACAUUCUAAUCUUUGUGUUAAUCAAAUAGUCCGAAAUGGUAAUGAAGAGCAGAAACAAAAAUACCUACCAAAGCUCAUAUCAGGCGAAUAUGUAGGUGCACUUGCGAUGUCAGAGUCCGGAUCUGGAUCCGAUGUAGUAUCGAUGCGCUUGCGUGCUGAGAAAAAAGGUGACAAAUAUGUCCUUAAUGGCAAUAAAAUGUGGAUAACAAACGGUCCUGAUGCAGAUGUUUUAAUUGUAUACGCUAAGACGGACCCAAAAGCUGAUUCACAUGGUAUCACUGCUUUUUUAGUAGAAAAAGGAUUUUCAACUGCGCAGAAACUUGAUAAACUUGGAAUGCGUGGUUCUAAUACUUGUGAGCUUGUUUUCGAAGAUUCUACAAAUAUUUUGGGCGCUGAAGGUAAAGGUGUAUAUGUUCUAAUGAGUGGCUUAGACUUGGAAAGAUUGGUCCUUUCUGGAGGGCCACUUAUGCAAGCAGCUCUCGACAUUGUUAUCCCUUAUGUACAGACUCGCCACCAAUUUGGUAAACCGAUUGCGCAAUUUCAACUAGUUCAGGCCAAGUUAGCGGACAUUUAUACCAAACUUAAUGCCUCCAGAUCAUAUGUCUACUCUGUUGCCAGGGCUUGUGAUCUAGCUGAGCGGGCCACCGAAGUUGCAUUAGAUGCAAUCCAAUGUCUUGGAGGGAACGGUUAUAUUAAUGAUUUUGAUACCGGGCGUAUUCUUCGCGAUGCCAAAUUAUACGAAAUUGGUGCAGGGACAAGCGAAAUUCGGCGACUGUUAAUUGGAAGGUUUGUCAACAAACGACUUAAAAAAUAUAUGGAUUUGUUCGUUACAAAUUCUUAUUUGAUUUCUUUUAUUUUACACAGGGAACUUAAUAAAGAGUUUGGAAAUGCCUAG